AUGUUUGAUGCUAAGUCUGCUUCUGUGCCUUUAGUUGCUCAUUUUAUGUUGAGUAAAGAUCUGUGCCCUAAGUCUCAAUCUGAAGUUGAUGCUAUGAAGAGAAUUCCCUAUGCUAAUGCUAUUGGAUCUAUGAUGUAUUUGAUGGUUAGCACUAGGCCUAAUAUUGCCUAUGUUGUUUCAUGUCUUAGUAGAUACAUGUCUAAUCCAGGUCCUGUUCAUUGGGAAGCUCUGAAAUGGCUUCUUAGAUACUUGAAGCAAACUGCUAAAGAUAAGAGGAAGUCAACUACCUCCUAUGUGUUUACAGUGUGUAGGUCUUGCAUAAGUUGGAAAUCCCAGUUGCAGCACAUUGUGGCCUUGUCUACCACUGAGUCAGAGUAUAUUGCCAUCACUGAGGCAAUGAAAGAGGCUGUAUGGUUAAAGGGAGUGCUUUCUGAACUCAAAUCUGUUGUGAGUGCUGGUGUGAAGCAAUCUCUUCGAUUGCUUGUUGCUGGAGAGGAACUAGGGUUUGUGAGAACUCGGAGGUUGUGCGUGGAGAUUUGUUCAGUGGAACUUGAUCUGGCUGAAGUAAUCGCUAGGAAGCAGAGUUGA